AUGUCCGUUUUCCUGGCUGCCUCGCGUUCGUCGCUGCGUGCUGCGCGCAUGCCCACCUCGGCUAUGCAGAUUGCGCGCCGUAAUGUGCACAUUGAGAACACCUCGGAGACUUCUCUUCCCUUCCCCCAGGGCCGCAAGCACACGACGGGCCUCGCCGUCGGUGUGACCACCUUCUUCGGCCUCGGCUUCGGUCUCCCCCUCGCUGUUGUGUACUACCAGCUUAACAAGCAGUAA